UUAAGCACUGAGCCAUAUCAGGUAAUUAAAUACACAUCUAAGGAAAGUUAAAUAAGAAGACAGGAGGCUUUAUGUGCUGUUUAUCCUAGAGGGUUGACAUGAUAAGUGGACUGUAUUGGAUUCGUUUAGAACACUCCAAUGGUGUGAAGAAAUAGUGGUCUGUAGGGGUCCAUACCUUGGCAACAUGGCAGGUCCUGCUGAACCUUCCGAUCUCAUGCCUCCAAAAGAGGAUGAGGUGUUUUUUAAGAGCUAUAUCCCACCAGCACGAGAUGCCAUCCAUAUGCCUAUCCAUGUGCUUUAUAUGGUUUUGGCCGGCAUUGUCAUACUUAUGACACUCUAUGCCAUCAUUGGUCACCUCAUCAAAGACCUACUCCAUGAUUUAGCAGACUGGUUGUUUGGUGAGCAGCCAGAGGAGGUAAAGGUAAACUUCUUGGAGGCUAGAGAUAAGUUCAUGGCAGACUGGUGCCCAGAAACAAGCCCUGAAUUGGAGGAGCUGGCCCGAGCUGAGCAGAUUAAAGUAGUCAUGGAGAAUAGCAACCACAAUCCAGCGAUGUGGGUCAUUUCAGAUGGGAGUGAAACACGUCCUCCACGUGCUGGACCACGUGUUGCAUUUCAUAAAAACACCUGAGCUUUGUUUGGC